AGGGACUCACAGAUUGCUCACCUGGCUCCUGCGCAGACCUCCCAGGUCCUCGGCUGCUUCUCGCCCCGAGUCCCUCUCUGCUCCUCCUGCAUUUUUCCAGGACUAAUAAUGCUGAUGAAAUACCUUUUACUUCUUAAGGCGCUGGUUUCAUUGAUUGAUUUCCCAUAAGUGAGGGGCAUCAGAAUCCAAGGUUCCCCUAAUGAAAUGUAAUAGUUUGAGCAUUCAAAGAUAGUAAUCAUUUGGCUUUGGUUAUUCAAUAUGCAAAGUGGACAAGGAUAUUGCAGCUAUUGCCAUGUGUACUAUAGUAACUUGGAACAGCAUAUUUCCAGUGCCCAGCACAGAUACGUGAUCUUACUGAGUAGACAGCAGCUGGGUGCCAGAAGUCUGAUGGAGCGUUUCUUGCAGGAUGUGUUGUGGCACCACCCAUAUCAGGAUCAAGAAAACAGAUCAACAAGUAAUGAGAGCCAGCCUAAGAAUACUGUGUCACCUGAAGUAGCUCAAAUUGAUCAUUUUAUUUCUGAAGAAAUUGUUAGGGACACUUCUGGAGUCAGAGGAAGUAUAUUCGCCAAGGGAUUGGAACCUUUUGAAGAGUUAUGGUCCAGACCUAUACAAUCUCAGGAAUACACAAAGCAUGUCUCAGUUAGACCGUCAGUUAUCCAAAAACUGGAGAAGGGACAGCAGCAUCCCUUAGAGCUUGUUCAUCAGAUCGGGGAAAAUCUGAAAGAAUUUAAUCCAGUCGAUGUUGGUCAAGCUACAAAUAGUGGACAGAACCUAAUGUGUCCUUCAGUGAUCUCCAGUGCUCCUGCUAGUUGUUCAACUGAGCGUCCUUCUGAUAAGCCAGCUCUAUCUAAUACCAUGAAGUUACCACCACAAGCCCAUUUGGAUUCAGUUAACAAAUGUGACCCAAACCUUGAAAAAGUAGGCAAGAGCUCUAGCAAUCCGAUACAAUCAUCCCACCUAGAAACUCCUUCAGUUUCAGAUCAGAAACCUAAAGAGUCAAACAAAAAAUCAUUUAUCAAACCAGGUAAAUUGAUUUUACAGAAAGAUGUAAAAUCUCAGGGUAAAACUUUGUCAACUGACUCUACAUUUGAAAGAUUUAUGGAUACUAAGAGGUCCUUAGAACUUGAUUCUCUCUCCAAAUUAGCAGUAUACUCAGCAACAAGACGGAAUAAAAUGAACAUGCCUUCUAACAAAGGAAUCUUUGAAGAUGCCCAUCCAAAGAACUAUGAUGAAUUAUUUUUUAAUACAAAUUAUACCCCAGAACCAGAAAACCAUGUAUUUUUUGACAAGUCGGCCUUCUUGGAACGGAAAUUCUCACUGUGUUCUCAAAAGAAGUUUAGUUGUAAGUGUUUUCAGUCAGUGUCUGAUCAGCCCCAAGAGAUUAAACAAGACUUAAACCCUCUGAAAGAGGAGCAAGUUGACGUGGGAGGCAAGGACUGUGAACCCAGAGGUUCUGAAAUGAGUGCUGGCUGCAGUUCCUCUCUCUUUUCACCACCUGACCAAUCUAAGCCACCUGCCAAAGAAGGAAACUUUCAAGUAGAAGCAAAUGCUGACCUGCAGUGUAAGAAUAACAGAUCUUCUGGAAUAAGUUCUGAUGGUGAUGGUCCCCGCCAGCUGGUUACCAGCCAGUAUCAAGGGACUGUUAAGGAAAUAGGCCUUCAGAAGCCUGUGCAUAUCAAUCUGGUUGACCAAAGUUAUGAAUCUAGUAGUUCUGAAAUUAGUUUUGAUGGUGACACCACAUUUCAGUCAGUUAUUGACAACUCCCAACAGUCUGUAAAAGACGUCAACCUUCCCAAGGAGGUGCACAGUGGCUUGGUGGAUAAGAACUAUGGAUCCAGUAGUUCUGAAAGAAGUGCUGAUUCUCCUUUCUCCUCUCAAUCUGUGGCUGACCAGUACCCAGUGACUGCCGAAGAAAUGAAAGUUCAGGAGAACGCCUGGGUGGAUCACUCUGAAGCAAGCUCUGAAACAAGUCUCCAGUCGGAGGUUGACCAUCCCCAAUUAGCUGUCAAGAGGAGAAACCUAAAGGACGGGCCUGUUGAUGUGAUAGGUGAGCACUGCAGGCCCAGUCGUAUGAAAGAGGCUCUUGCUGGUGCUGUCUCUCUUCAUAUAGUGAUGGAUGAACCUGAGAGGGCUGUGGACGAGAUACAUCUUCUGAGAGAGAAGAAUGCUGAACUUGUGGAUAAGAACUAUGAAUAUCAUGAUCCUGAAAUGAGUUUGCAUGGCGAUGGUCAAUGUAUGGUUGACCUACCACAAGGCGCAGUUGAAGAUGUAAAACUUCAGGAGUUAGAUGAUGACGUGGAGAAUAAGAGCAAUGAUCCUAGCACUUCAGAUCUAAGUUCUGAUUCUGAGGCUUCUUUCUAUCAGUCAGCUAAUUAUCAACCUCAAGGGACUCUGGAUGAAAUCAGUCUGAACGAGUUAAGUGUUGACAUGGAAGUUAGAAGCUAUGAUAGCUCCAGUUCUGAGCUGACAUUUGAUUCUAAUCCCCUUAUGUCUGGUACUCAUCAGUCUCAGAUAGAUUAUGAAGAAAUAAGAGAUCAUCUUAACCUGCGGAGCAAGAGCUGUGCCUCAGAUAGUUCAGAAAUAACCUUUGAUUCUGAUCUUUCUCUUCAUUCAGUUGACCAACCCCAAGUAACUGUUUAUGAGGAAAAGAGUGUUGAUCUUGAAAGUAACAGUAGUGAAUCUUUCACUUCUGAAAUAACCUCUGAUUCGGAGGUAAGCUUUCAUUCAGAUACCGACCAAUCUGAAGUACCUGUCAAAGAAAGAACCAUGCAUGAAGAAGAACAUGUGCACUUAGAAAGGAAGAGUGAUGAAAUAAGUUCAAAUUCUGAUAUCCCCCUUCAUUCAGUGACUAAUCAUACUUAUGGAGCUAUUAAAGAGCUAAAUCUCCAACAAGCAGAGCAGAUAGAAUUUGAAAAUAAGAGAAAUGAACCCAGUGGUUUAGAAUUGAGUUUAGAUUAUGACAACACCAUCUGUUCAGUGACUGGCUGCUCUGAAGAUUCGGUUAAUGAACUAAACCAGAGAGCAGGACAAACAUAUUUGGAAAAUAAGAUCAGUAGACAUGUUUCUGUAAUCAGUUUGGAAAGUUCUAUCCCUCGUCACUCGGUGAUCAAUCAUUCUAACAUAGCUGAUAAAAGAAUAAUCCAUCAUAAAGAAGAGCAUGUGCAUUUUGAAAAUAAAGGCAAUGAAUCUAUUGUUUCUGGACCCAAUCUGAAAUAUGACAUUCCUCUUUCUGUAAUUACUAAUUAUCCCACCAUAGCUGCUAAAGAAACAAGCUAUCAAGGAAAAGAGCAUGUAUACUUAGAAAACAAAGGUAAUGAACUUAGUGUUUCUAAAACAGGGUCGGCUUCUGAUAGCCCCUUUCAGCCUGUGGCUCACCAACCGGAAGUAUUGGUUGAAGAAAUAAACCUUCAAAACCAAAAGCAUGCUGACUUAGAAGAUAAAAGUGCUGAAUUUAGUGGUUCUGAAAUUUUGGAUUUGGAUGACCGUCGCUAUUUAGCGACAGAACCUCAGAUCUAUGUUGAAAAAAUAAACAUUCAGCAAGAAGAGCACAUUGUUCCAGAAAAUAAGAGUGAUGAAGGUAGUGAUUCUGAAAUAGGUUUGGAUUCGGAUGUCUGCCUACAGUCAUUGACUCAGAAACUUCUAGAUGAUCGUGUUGGCCCAGACGAUGAAAGUACUAACCCUAGAGGUUAUGAAAUCCAUCUGGAUGCCGAGGCUCCUCAUCAUUCCAUCACUGACCAGCCUCAUAUAACUCAACAACAAAAAUGUGUUGAUCUGGACGAAAAGAGCAGUGAAGCCAGUUCUGAUGAUUCUGUGGACCCUCUUCAGUUACUGGCGGAACAGAUCAGGGAAACUGUGGAAAGAAUGGGCUUGCAGGAGGAAAAGGACCUUGUCCUGGAAAAUAAGACCGAUGAACCUUCUGAAUUUGGACUCAUACAGGAGUCUCAUGUUUCUCUUCAGGCCGAGGCUAGUGAAAUUGAGGUAGCUGUUGCACAAAUAAGCCUGGAGAAGGACAAUCAUGUUUACCCGAUAGAUAGGAACGGCCAAUGUAGUGGUGCUGCAAUGAGUUUGGAUUCUGAGUUCUUGCUUCACUCCGUAGUUGACCAACCUCAAAUAACUCCUUUAGACCAGGCACAUAGUGAAGUAGAAGAUAAGCACAACCAAUCUUGUGUUUCGGAAAUAAGUUUUGAUUCUGAUGACCCUCUUCAGUCAGUGGCUGACCAACUUCAGAAAGCUGUUAAAGAAAUUAGUCUCUGGGAGGACGAGGAAGUUCACAUGGAAGAUAAGAGGGUCAAAUCUGGAGCCUAUGAGGUCGUGCAUGAUUCUGACGUUAUUCAGUCAGUGGCUGGUCAAACUGCAGAGGUUCUUAAAGAGCCCAACCUUUGGAAGGAACAUGUUGACUUGGAAGAUAAGAUCAUCAAGCCUAGUGAUUCUGAUGAGCCAAUUCAGUCUGUGGCUCAUGAAAUUCAAGACCGCAUCAAAGAAAAUCUGCUGAGGGAGGAAAAUGUUUGUCUGGAUGGCAAGGGCUAUGAACUCAAUGGUCCUGAAGUAAUCUAUGCUUCACAUGUCCCUACUCAGCCGGUGGUGGGACAGCCACAUCUUUUGGAAGAGGAACAUUCAAAGUUGGAAGAGAAAAGCGAUGAUCUUUGUAGUCCUGAAAUAAAUUCAGACUCUGAGGGUCCUCUUCAGCUAGUCGAUGGCCGGCUUCAGAAAGCUGUUACCAAAAAAAGUGUUUGGAAGGAAGGCCAUAUUUAUCUGGGAGAUAAGAGCUAUAAGCUAGGUGAUUUUGAUGUAGCUUUUGAUUCUGAGACUCCCAUUCAGUUUGUAGCUGAUCAUUCUCCUGUAUCUGACAAAGAAAAGAACCACAACGACCCAGACAGUAACAGCUACAAAUUCACUGCUCCUGAAAUACACUGUGAUUCUGCUGUUCACUUUCAGACAGAAGGGCACCCACAUCAAGUGGUUUGCAAAGAAACGAAUCAGAAGGACAAGUAUCUUGGGAUGGAAGAAAAGAGCAAUGAGCUUAGAGAUUCUGAAAUGAUUUGUGCUGCUGGGGUCCCUCUCCAAAUUGUUGUUAACCAAUCUCCAGAGUUAGGCAAUGAAGCAAAUCUUCAUAAGGUGGUCUUUUUGGACCUGGUGACCAAAAAUAGUGAUAGUGACUGUGAAGUAAUUUCUGAUUCUGAUAACCCUUUUCAGCCUGUGAUUGACCCACCUGAAAUGGCCAACAGAGAAAGGAACAGUAUAAAUGCUGGCUGCAUUGCUCUGGACGAAGAGAGCUGUGAUUCUUGUGAUUCUGACAUAAGAUAUAUUUGUGAAGGCCCUCCUCAAUUAGUGAACAACCAAUCCAAAGAGAUUUUCAAAUUUAUCAACAAGAAAGGAGAUUGUAUUAUUCUGGAAGAUGUGAGCCGUGGGUCUUGUGGUUCUGAAAUAGAUUUCAAUGCUAGUGUCUCACAUCAUUCCAUGACUCACCAAUCACAAGGGUCUGAUAAAAACAUGGGAAAAUAUGUAGUCUCAGAAGAUAAGAACUAUGAGCUUGGUGACCCUAAAAGAGAUUUCAGUUGGGAAGGCUCUUUUCAGACAGUCACUGACCAGCUAAGGAAAGCUACCAAAGAAGUCAAGCCUCGAAAGAACUCAAGAGCUUCUGGCUUGAAAAAUCAGAGUUGUGCAUCGAGUGCUUUGGCAGUGGAUGGUGAUGCUUGCCUGGAGCCAGUCGUCCAGGACAUGGUAUAUAAAGAAAACCCUUUGACACUAAAACACAUGGCUCUAGAAAGUGUGAGCUAUGAACCUUGUUGUUCAGAGAUGAAUUUACACUGUGACCCCUCUCUUCAAUGUGAUAAGGACCAGCCUACAGAGGCAGUUAAUAAAAUAGGCCUAUUGAAGAAUAUAACCUUUGACCUAAAAGAUAUCCAUGAUUAUCAUUCAAGCUCUGUUUCCAUGGAAAAGGCAAAGGAGGUCAUAGAAGAUAAUGAUGAUGAACCAGUUCUCGAAGCGUUGCCUCAUGUCCCUCCCUCUUUUGUAGGAAAAACAUGGUCUCAAAUAAUGAAGGAAGAUGAUGUAAAAAUAAAUGCUCUGGUGAAGGAGUUCAGGGAAGGUCGUUUCCACUGUUACUUUGAUGAUGACUGUGAGACCAAGCAAAUUAAAAAACACAAUUCGAAUAAAGGAAAAAAGGCGACCGAGGCUGCCCUUAACCAGGCAACGGCAUCAAUUCAGGUGCUGUCAGAUUGUGAUGUUAUUGCAGGGGAUGUUUCAGAUACUGAUGACUUUUCAGUGGCCUUAGAUAACCCAUGCCUUCAUUCUCAAGUAAAGAGGCCUUAUGAACAAAAAUGGCAAGUGGCUUCACAAUGCCAAACUGUGAAAGUCAGCCAUGGAACUGAAACCAGUUUUACUCGUUACCCAACGAAGAAAAGGAAACUAAUCAGUCAAAUGGAAGACUCACCAAAAAAAAAGUGCUUGCUUUUACAGAAUGAUAAAAUAACCAAAAAUGUUGAAUUUCCUGAACCAUGUACUGAAGUCUUGAAUCCUUUGCAACCCAAUGCCUUAGUCUAUGUUCUUUCUUCUCCAAAUGUUAAACAGAAGGACGUUGAAUCCUUCGACUUCUCCAAAAUAAGGGAAAAUAACAACACAGCAAGUUGGGAUGAUGCACAAUACAAAUACAAACAGAGUUCUAGUCAUUAUAACCCAUUGACGAAGCAAUUUGUAAUUGCUCCUCUAGACACAGUCGUACCAGAACCUGGCAGUCACAACUGGGCUAACUUUGAUUUGAGCAGGAACGACCCGCACGCACAAGAUAAUGGUGCUCAUGUACAAAGCUCUGCUUUACCAUCUUUUGUGACUGUUCCAGUGAACUAUGGGUCAAGGUCACAUCAGGCUGGGACCAGUGGAUCUUCUGUGUUUCUAGAGAAAUCGGAGGUUAUGAAUUACAAUGCUGCCCAAAUUUCUGCAAAAUCAAUUCAAAAUGAGUUUUUAGAAAGUAAAGGUAAAAAGAAAACGUGGAAAAGGAAGAUGACGAUUAAUCAGCCAUGUUCUUCUACAAAGGCUCAUCAACCAGUCACUCUCCAGCAAAACCCCACGGAAGCUGCAGAAAAAGAAUUAAUUUGGAUGAGAACCAAACCAAGUGAUAUAAUUAGAAAAUAUAUCCCCAAAUACUCUGCUUUUUUACGUCAUAGAUACCAGUCCAGGAGUGCUUUUAUUGGAAUGCAUCUUGAGAAGGAAGAAGCUGAUGUCGGUAAGCUGAAGAUAAGGAGACCAGCCAAAGAGAGCAGCUCCACGUUAUCAGCUGGCACUGGGGAGCAGGUAAGAGGUAUGGCCAGCCCUGCUUCUAGACACCGGGUGCUGGUGUCGCCCAGUGUUGAACGACAGAAGGUGAAUGAUAAUAGAAAUCGCCUUAGCUCACAGAAACAGCCUUCUAAACCUGUUAAAAUGUAUGCCUUGAGAAGUUUAUCCUCUCAGAAACCACAGCCUGAUAGAAUAAGGACUCGGCAGUCAGGCAAACUGAGAGGCAAGAAGGGAGACUGAAGGUUUUGUUUUACUGCUAGUUGGGAAUUCAGUACUUCAACUGAAAUGUAUUUGGUACUUAGUGCACAUAGUUUUCCCAACUCUGGUGGGAAAGCUAACCUUGAACUUUUUGCUAUGGAUAUUAUUUUUCCGAAUUUUUGUAUUCAUUUGAAAUUAGUGCCUCGGGUUCUCUUUCUUUUGAUGUCUUCUUUUAAAUCUCAGAAGCACCCUUUGUCCAUCAUUUUCAGUUGGAAGAGCUUCAUCUUAAUUUAUCAUAAUUUAUAAUAUGCUUUAGCACAAUAUAUAACAUUUUAUUUUUUCCCAUGUUCCUUUUGUUUCUUUUUAAUGAUUACAUCUCUCCUGCCAGCAAAUUAUAAUAAUUAAAGAAUGAAUAUAGCAGAUUUAUUAAAUGCUAUCUUAUCUUUGUCGGGACAAGAAGGGGCUUUCUAUUCCCGUAAAGAGUGGGCAUUGCAGAAACCCACAUGGGCAGUUCUCUCUGUCC